AUCAUCCAAUUCAAAAGCACAUAACCAUGUUACCUCAAUUUGUCACAUUCUUCUUCUAUCUACUUAUAUACUCAUCUCUGUUAGUCUCCUCUGCAUCUGCAUCUGCACCAGCACCUCUCCCUCUCCCUAUGGUUUCCCUUCUCUCCUUAAAAUCCUCCCUCAAUGACCCUCUCUCCACUCUCAAAGAUUGGGACCCUUCCGCCGCAUUUUCCGAUCCUAAUUCCGAUGAGCCGGCUUGGUGUUCAUGGUCAGGAAUCAAAUGCAAUCAAGAAACAUCUCAACUCAUAUCUCUUGAUCUCUCUGCUCGAAAUCUCUCCGGAAGUAUCCCGCCGGAGAUCGGAUUCUUGACUAGCUUAGUCCACUUGAAUUUGAGCCGAAACAACUUCAAUGGACCUCUCCAGCCAGCCCUUUUUCACCUUACUCAACUUAUGACUCUCGACAUAAGCCACAACUCCUUCAAUGCCACAUUCCCACCCGGUGCUUCCAAGCUUAAGUUCCUCAAAAUCUUUAAUGCAUACAGCAAUAGUUUCACCGGAUCCUUGCCGCUAGACUUGGUACGGUUACGGUUCUUGGAGCAGCUCAAUCUUGGUGGUAGCUACUUUGAAGGUGUGGUACCAGUUGUCUAUGGAAGCUUCACGAGAUUAAAGUUGCUUGACUUGGCAGGGAAUGCCUUGGAAGGCAUGUUACCGUCUGAACUGGGAUUCUUGAACCAGAUUGAGCAUAUAGAGAUUGGCUACAAUGCUUUCACUGGCACAAUACCAGUGGAAUUUGCAUUCUUGUCCAAUCUCAAGUACUUGGACAUCUCGAAUUGUUCGCUUUCGGGUACACUUCCUAAAGAACUUGGUGAUUUAACCAAGCUGGAAGCUUUGUAUUUGUUUAAGAACAAGUUUAUAGGUGAAAUCCCUGUGAGUUACACAAAGCUGAAAGCUUUGAAGGUUCUUGAUUUAUCUGGCAACCAACUCAGUGGCACAAUCCCAGAAGAGUUGGCUUCUUUGACUGAGUUAACAUGGUUGAGCUUAAUCGACAACAAUCUUUCCGGCACUAUCCCGCAAGGCAUCGGUGAGUUACCAAAUCUCAACACAUUACUUCUGUGGGAUAACAUGUUCAGCGGCAUUCUCCCACAGAAGCUAGGUUCAAAUGGGAAGUUGCUGUCUCUUGAUGUCUCAUCCAACUCUCUAACCGGUCCGAUCCCUCGGAAUCUUUGCCAUGGAAACAAGCUUUUCAAACUAAUCCUUUUCAAUAACAUGUUCACGCAUGAGCUUCCCGGAAGCCUUGUGAAGUGCACAUCGCUUUCGAGGUUCCGAAUCCAGAACAAUCUUCUCAAUGGUAGCAUCCCACAUGGCUUUGGACUCUUGAAAAAUUUAACAUUUGUGGAUGUGAGUAUGAACAAAUUUACAGGCAAGAUUCCUCGUGAUCUUGGUCAUGCACCAUUGUUGCAGUACCUUAACAUCUCAGAGAACUCUUUCGACCAUGAAUUACUGAACGAAAUAUGGAGUGCACCUACCCUGCAAAUUUUCUCAGCAAGCUCAUCCAAGCUCAUAGGUAAAAUCCCAGAUUUCGUUGGCUGUAACAACGUGUACAAGAUCGAGCUCCAAGGUAAUUUGCUAAACGGAAGCAUCCCUUCGGACAUUGAUCACUGUCGAAAGCUUUUGUCUUUGAAUUUAAGCCGCAAUCUGCUUACGGGGAUGAUUCCAUUGGAGUUAUCGUUGCUUCCUUCCAUAAAUUCGGUUGAUCUUUCUGGUAAUUUACUCACCGGAACCAUCCCUUCGAGCUUUGAAAACUGUAGCACUUUGGAAAUUUUCAAUGUUUCCUACAAUUUGUUAUCCGGUCCAAUCCCAUCGUCCGGACCAACAUUUCAUAAUUUACACCCUUCCUCGUUUUCCGGCAACGAUGGAUUCUGUGGCACGAUUGUAUCUAAACUGUGCCCCGCGGAGGCAAUGGAUACAGGUGAAGUAAAAGGUGGUGAUAACAAGCAGCAGCAGCAGCCUAAGAAAACGGCUGGAGCUAUAAUUUGGAUUGUGGCAGCUGCAUUGUGCAUUUCUUUAUUUGUUCUCGUGGCAGUGACCCGCAGUUUACAUUACAGCCAUAGAUUCAGCGACAACCGGGAUAUCGAACAGUGGAAACUGACCUCCUUCCAGCGGUUGAAUUUCACGGCUGAUGAUGUGCUGGAGUGUCUGUCAAUGACAGAUGAGAUCAUAGGGAUGGGUUCGACAGGAACGGUAUACAAAGCUGAGAUGCCAGGAGGCGAAAUCAUAGCGGUGAAGAAGUUGUGGUGUAAGCAAAAAGACACUGUGAGACGGCGGCGAGGGGCUUUACCUGAGGUGGAGGUGUUGGGGAACGUCAGGCAUCGUAACAUAGUGAGAUUGCUAGGAUGUUGCAGCAACAGGGAGCGCACCAUGCUACUUUAUGAAUACAUGCCAAAUGGGAACCUGGAUGACUUGUUGCAUGGCAACAUAAAUAAAGGGGACAAUUUGGUGGGUGAUUGGUUGACUAGGUACAAAAUUGCUCUCGGGGUGGCUCAAGGUAUUUGUUAUCUCCACCACGACUGUGAUCCAGUCAUCGUCCACCGUGAUCUUAAACCGAGUAACAUUUUAUUAGACGGUGAGAUGGAAGCUAGAGUGGCGGAUUUCGGGGUAGCGAAGUUGAUCCAAGACGACGAGUCCAUGUCAGUCAUUGCUGGCUCCUAUGGCUACAUUGCUCCAGAAUAUGCAUACACCCUACAAGUUGAUGAAAAAAGUGAUAUCUAUAGUUUCGGAGUGGUGUUAAUGGAGAUUUUAAGUGGAAAAAGAUCGGUGGAUUCGGAGUUCGGUGAUGGAAACAACAUUGUAGAUUGGGUGAGGUCUAAGCUCAAGAGCAAAGAUGGAGCUGUUGAGAUUUUGGAUAGAAAUGCAGGGGCAACAUGUGCAUCGGUCAGGGAAGAGAUGAUGCAGAUGCUUAGAAUUGCAGUGUUAUGUACCGGCCGAAACCCGGCGGACCGCCCGUCAAUGAGGGAUGUUGUGUCGAUGCUGCAAGAAGCUAAGCCAAACCGGAAACUAAUGCAGGAGAGUGUGGUAGUUAAUGGAAGCAAUGUGGUUGAUGGCACUCGAGAUUCUAUAGCAGAAAAGGCUAUACCGGAAUGUUAAUUUUGUGAUUAGUUUUCUUCAUGUAAGGUGUUGGAGAAAUGAAUUUUUUCAACUAAGUGUUUGUUAUAGUAUUUGGAGAAUUCUUCAAGACUACACGGACGAUCUUUUUGAAAGAAAGGCAUGCAAUUCAAUUAACACAAUGAAACAGGUAAAUCAUCUAAAACCACAUAAACAGACAUCUCGGGACAAACCGAGUCAAAGAACAAUGUAUUAUUAGACCGAAGCUUAGCUGCUUGGAUGAGAUGUACACGUAGACUCUGCUCGGACAACAAAACUUGUGGAGGGACCAAAAUGACAACAUUUUCCAUUUGUUCCGAACACUGUUUCUCUUGUUCCACCAUGCUUACAAGUUCAG